UGGGGGAACCGGGGGCAAUGUGACGGAGAACAGCUCGCCGAGUCCCGGCGGGUCCGGGGAUCUGUGGUGGAUCGAGCGGAUGGUGAUGGAGGCGCAGCAGGAGUACCCGGGCGAGUUGGUCCGCACCGGUAGCCCGUACUUCCUCUGCUCGGCCCUGCCCAACCACUGGCGCUCGAACAAGACGCUGCCGGCGGCCUUCAAGGUGGUGUGCCUGGGCGACGUUUGCGACGGCACGAUGGUCACCAUCAAGGCCGGCAACGACGAGAACUUUUGCUCGGAGCUGCGGAACUGCACGGCCGUGAUGCGCAACCAGGUGGCCAAGUUUAACGAUCUGCGGUUCGUCGGCCGGAGUGGACGAGGCAAAAGCUUCACCCUCACGAUAACCGUGUCCACCACUCCGCCCCAGGUGACCACCUACACCAAGGCCAUCAAGGUGACCGUGGACGGACCCCGGGAACCCCGCUCCAAAACCAACACCCCCCAGCUGCGACCACCCCCGCUGCACCGAUUCCUCGAGCAACCCGCCUUCAGUCACUUCCCGGCCCGGUUCAACUCUACCGGCUCCAGCGCCGGGAUCGGCGGCGCCAGUGGCAAGGGGUCAUCCAUCAACAACUACAGCGGCGGCGCAGGAGCCAACAGUACAAAUCAUCACCACCACCAUCAUCACAACAACGGCAGCAGCAAUAACAACAGUGGCAGCUCCAGUUUGAACACCAGCGUGGACUCGUCCAGCGAUUACAAGCCAAAUCUGAACCUGCCCGAUUACAGCAACGCCGCCGACUGGCCAAACGGACUCAACGCGUCCUCGGCGACGACGGCGGCGACCACCUACGCGAAUCCGUACAGCCCGAUGCAAACGACGCCGCCGUCCUACGGCGGCUACGAACCCUGUCCGAUGGUGGAACAUUCCGGCUACAAUCUGCCGACAGUCCUUCCCGACGCCGCCACCACCUACCAGGACUACUACAACCUCCCCACUCCAGCCUCCCACCAAUCCGCCAUGUCCGCCGCCCACCACCACGGCUACUCCGCCUCGUCCGCCUCCUCCAAAGCCCUCGUGACCGGCGACCCCCUCGACGGCUCCUCGUACGGUUCCCCGUACAGCCAGUGGGCCGCCAACGGGUACGGCAGCUACCAGUACAACACCGCCCCUCCUCUCCCUCCCCCUCCGCCCCCCCAGUCCCAGUACCCCUCGGCCGUCGCCGCCGUUCCCCCUCCGAUGGUGCUCUGUCCGCAGAUGUUCAGCACCGUCAACCAGAACCAGAUCCACGUCCAUCUCCACCCGGCGGCCACGCCCGGCAGCGACAAGCUCGAGCAGUACUUUGGCGAAAAUGGUGGCUUCAUGAUGCGGCCCGCGGUCACGGCGGCGGCGGCAGUGGCGGCCGCGUCCGAAAUUGGUGGGAUUGGUGGAACGCACGAUCCGACGAUGGGGCAGCAACAGGAUGUCGUGGGAAGUGAUCAUCAUCAGCAGCAGGAUGGUGGGGCGAGGGCGGAGGAAACGGUCGCCGGCGAUCCGAGCAGCGUUUGGCGGCCCUACUGAUGUUACGAGUUUUAGGGGGGGAGGAGGUUUGAGUUUUGUUAGACUGAUUUCAUUAUUAUUAUUAUUAUUAUUAUUAUUUGUGUUGAGGAAGCAACCAAUCGCUCAAAUUUAUUUUGAACUUUGUAGAAGCUUUUCUAUCUCUCUGUCUGUAAGCAAAGUACUCGAUAAACUCCAAAUAGAAAAUAGUAGCUAAUAUAGAUUAAUUUAUAAUAAAAUUAAAAAUCACGCAUCUUAAAGUAAGUUGAAUUUAUUAAAUAAUAUAUUAAAUUAAGCAAUUCGUCGGCGACGAAUUGUGAAUUGUUUUAAACUAAGUUUUCGAAUCAAAUAAAAAAAGUGGCAAACGCAUCAAAUUGUCUUCGUUACAAAAAAAAUCGUGAAUCAUGUUAAGUGUACAGAAUUUGUGUAAAAAAUAAUGUGAGCACACACUAGAUGAAUCGAUGAAUGUUGGAUGGAUUUACAAUAAACAUAUUUGUAUACAAAGUAAA